UUUUAGCAAUGGCAGCUAAGUAUUUCAGUGGGGAGUUACACUGCUCUGUUUGUCUGAAUAUCUGCACAGAUCUAGAAAUGUUGAACUGUGGACAUAACUUUUGCCAGGUUUGCUUUGUAACUGUGCAGGGUACUUUGGAUGAAACUGGUUCUUAUGCUUGCCCUCUAUGCAGAACAAGAUUUAUUAGCAGACCCGUGUUGCAGAGCAACUCGAGGCAGUGUAAUAUAAUGCAUUUUCCUGAUACUUAUUCAGAGCCUGAAGGCGCUGGGAUUGUCUGCACUUAUUGUGUUCACUUUCCUGUACGUGCUGCUAAAACUUGUUUGUUGUGUGAGGCUUCUCUGUGUGAUAUACAUGUGAGCGUACACAACAAAUCUGAGGAGCACUUCUUAACAGAACCCACCAAUUCAUUUAAGAGCAGGAAAUGUUACAUACACAACAGACUCUUAGAGUAUUACUGCUCUGAGGAUAAUGUGUGCAUUUGUGUUAGCUGUACUCUGGUGGGAGAUCACAAAGGACACCAGUUGGAGAUGCUUACUGUGGCCUCUGAAAAGAAGAUAGAGGAAUUACAAAAUGUUAUGGAGAAACUGAGCUCAAAGAAAGAAGAGACUGAUAAAUGGAUGAGGAGUCUGCAGGAACAUAACAGAGACAUAGAAGAGAACGUAAGUGAUGUAACUAAGGUAGUAUUGUCCAUGAUUGUGGAUAUUAGAGCUCAGAUGAAAAUUCUAGAAAAGCAUGUGCUGAGUGAGAUCAGUAGACAGAGGGAACAGGUUUUAUUCCAUGUUUCUGAUAUGAUCAACCAACUACAAAAAGAAAAGGACAAGUUGUCCAGUAUGAUGUCUUACAUUGCAAAACUCUGCAACACAACAGAUCCUUUAACUGUUUUACAAGAACAUGAAUCACAAAAAACAGACUUCUGUGAUGCAGAGACAGCAGAUAUACAGGUCACACACAGAAAAGACAAUCACUUCCCAGCUGGAUGCUAUCUGGAUCAAUGCCUGAUCUCAGCAACUUUAUACAGAGGCUUAGCAGAUAUACUGACUGACAAAACAAAAAAUAGAGGGUUCUGUGUGACCAAUAAUACAGACAUGUCACUGGAUAUAAAUACAGCAAGUAAUGAUGUAGCUGUCUCUGGUGAUUUAAAAACUGCAUCCUGGUCAGUAAUAAACCAGCAAAGACCAGAGGGACCAGAGCGAUUUCAGGGAUAUCAGGUUUUAAGCUCAAGGAGCUUUUCCUUGGGACAUCAGUACUUUGAAUUGGAGGCCAGUCAGUUAGGAAUCUGGAUGAUAGGUAUGUCCUAUGCCUGUAUUAAGAGAAAAGGAAAUGAGUCCAUCAUCGGUUGUAAUAGACAUUCUUGGUGUUUGCGCAGGAGUAAUGAAUAUCUCUCAGUAGUACAUGACUCUGAAGUAAUCCGACUGCCUAACAGUUCUACCUGCCAGAGGUUAGGGAUAUUGCUGGACUAUGAGGCUGGGUGUUUGUCAUUUUAUCAGCUUCAUGACCAGCUCAGACACUUACAUACCUUUAAUGUCACCUUCACUGAGCCACUUCAUGCUGUUGUCUGUGUGAACUACAAAUCUUGGGUGAGAAUCAUGAGUUAGGAAAAAAUAGACUAUAUUGUACAAAAAUAAUAUGUGAUUCUUAUGGUCUAAACAGGUAAAUAAAUAUAAGUAUUUACUUGUAGGCAUUGAUUUAGGAUCUAUAGAAAGAAAAUAGAAACUAGGCAGUUUUAUCAUUUUCAUCCUAGUAAUUAAAGGGCAAUAAUAGUCAAAAAAUUACCUGCUCCAUUUUGUUAGCAAUUGUAAUUUUAAGACUAUAGAUCCUACACUACUAAGGGUAAAAACACACAAUAGAAGUGCCGCUUGGGACCCAAGUGGCGACCACCUGUGAUCCAAUCAGCAGUGCUAGUUGCACAUCUGAGUCAUGCGACUGGAUUAGCAGUUUUUGCUCAGGACCAGUAGUGAUCACAUGUGCCAAGCUGUACUUCUAUUGUGUGUUAAAUGGCAAUAUUAUGGAUAGAAAUAUACUACAAGCACUAUGUAGGGCCAAUGGCUUAAAAUUACAUGCACAUACAAAAAAUAAGAGCAUGUCAACUAAUAUGGCCCUUUAACUCUUUGUUGUUAAUUAAACUUAAAUCUCAUAAGUUCUCAGUAUACCAAUCGAUAGAUUAUAGAUUAGAUGUAGAUAUAUAGAUAAAUAGAUAAAUGAUAGCAAUAAUAUGGAUAGAAAUAUACUGCAAGCCUAAUGUGAUUAAUUCAUUCCCAUUGUGUUUGUAUAUAUUAUGCACAAAACUUAUAAUCUGUUUUGUUACUAUAUUAUAUGAUUUUUACUUUUAAUAUUUAUUACAUAUAAAAUGAACAUUACAAACAUAUUUAGGAGGUAUCAAGUUUAUUGUUGACUUUUUACUGAUAUCCCUGUGUACUCUAGCUUUUUUCUUUCUUGUCUCUCAAUUAUUUGUAUAUCUGUAGUGCUCUGUGUAUUUAUACAGUGUCUCCAAAAUAAGCAAAAGAGGAAUAUAAAUGUUUUAUUUUUGGUAUGUGUUUGUAUUGUCAAAGGAAAGGAAUAUAUUAAACACUUCAUGUAUCUAAAAUGUUUGUACUGUGAGAACAAUUAAUAGGUAUGAGGGAUGAAUAAAAAUUGAUAUUUGUACAUGAAA